AUGUCGUCCUCCCAAUCUGCUUCUAUUACAGAUAGGUCACCCUCUCCUUCUGCAUUUAUUGUUGCAAGUGAAACGAGUAGUGAGGAUGAUGAAUUCGAAUUUGUAGUAGAUUAUAAGUUGUUUGUUAAAAUGGCAAAUGGGACUUCAUUAUCUGCUAAAUGGUUUCAAGAAUCUGUAUCUACAGUGAUGAACGAAGAAGGUGCUGAAAGACCAGAUGAUUAUAAAAACAACAAUCAGGUUCCAAGUGUUUCAUCUUUGUCAGUAUAUGACAAAGAAAUAGCUGCAAAUGUAUUACAAAUAAGAACUACAUAUCGUUGUAAUAUGCAUAUUCGCCCCUGCCUUAAUAAAGAAACUCACAAAGAUUUACACAUCAAAAUUACCUUUAUGAUGCUUUCAAUUUGGGCAUCUGAUAUAGUAAUGUUUGUAAUUGUUUUAUAUUGA